AUGACACCCCAAUUCGAGCCCUUGAAGAAUGAUUUGAUCUUGCGGACGGCGAGAGGCGAGAAGGUCGAGCGCCCGCCCAUGUGGGUGAUGCGUCAAGCCGGACGAUACCUCCCCGAAUACCACGAAGCCAAAGGUACCCAUGACUUCUUCGAGUGCUGUCGGUCGCCCGAGAUCGCCUCGACGCUCACCCUCCAGCCCAUCGAACGGUUUGCGGGGCUCAUUGAUGCUGCCAUCAUAUUUUCGGAUAUCCUGGUGAUACCACAAGCAAUGGGAAUGGAGGUAAUAAUGGUGGAUAAGAAGGGACCGCACUUCCCGGAACCGCUGUCAGGGCCCGACGACAAGCAGUACCAGGAGGUCAUGGAGCGUGAGGUGGACGUAAAAGAGUCGCUGGACUACGUUUACAAGGCCAUCACUCUUACGAGACAAAAGUUGGCGGGCCGGGUACCGUUAAUAGGUUUUUGCGGAGCUCCGUGGACGCUGUUGUGCUACAUGGUCGAAGGUGGAGGAACGAAGCUGUUCAUCCAGUCAAAGACUUGGGUUUUCAGGCACGGAGAAGAGAGUAAGGCGCUGUUGCAGAAGAUUGCGGAGCUUUGCGUUGAGUACUUGGCCUUGCAAGUGCAAGCUGGUGCGCAGAUGCUUCAAGUAUUCGAUUCGUGGGCUGGCGAGCUCUCUCCCACAUCUUUCAAGAGCUUCUCCUUACCAUACCUUACAUAUAUUGCCGACAACGUGCCGAAGCGACUUGCGGAGCUCGGCCUGGAACGCGUUCCGAUGACCGUCUUCGCGAAAGGCGCGUGGUACGCAUUGGAGGACUUAUGCAAGACUAGCUACAACACUAUUGGGCUAGACUGGCUGCACGACCCGGCUGAGGCGUACAAGAUUGCCCGCUCAUAUGGGAAGGUUCUGCAAGGCAACGCAGAUCCCGGGGUGUUGUAUGGCGGGCGGGAAGCCAUUACGGCUGUUGUCAAGGAAAUGGUCGCCGGCUUCGGCGGAGGAAAGCAGGGCUGGAUAGCCAAUCUUGGUCACGGUAUCACACCAUUCGUGAAGCCCGAUGAUCUCAAAUUCUUCUUCGAGGAGAUCCACAAGCAUGCUGCGUCCAGUCAGGCAGCGGGUGAAGAAGCAACAGAAGAGCCUUCUACCCGAGAUAUGGCUAUGCGAGGAGAGUCAAACAAGAAUCUGCUUCACGGAAUCUAG